UGACUGGGCGGCGGAAGUUUGACGGCGCCGGGCGAGUGGCUGCGGCAGCGGCCCCGGAGACCCAGCAGCUCUCCCCUAGUACCUGCAGCGGUGCCGGAGCCCAGGCGAGCCUGGGUGUUAGAUCCAGGACAGCAGGAGGAACCCCUCUGACACACAGAUAUGGACUUGGAGGCCAAAGUAAAGAAGAUGGGCUUAGGACAUGAGCAAGGAUUUGGAGCCCCCUGUUUAAAAUGCAAAGGAAAAUGUGAGGGGUUUGAACUGCACUUCUGGAGAAAAAUAUGUCGUAACUGCAAGUGUGGCCAAGAAGAGCAUGAUGUCCUCUUGAGCAAUGAAGAGGAUCGAAAAGUGGGGAAACUUUUUGAAGACACCAAGUAUACCACCCUGAUUGCAAAGCUAAAAUCAGAUGGAAUUCCCAUGUAUAAACGCAAUGUUAUGAUACUGACCAAUCCAGUUGCUGCCAAGAAGAAUGUCUCCAUCAACACAGUUACCUAUGAAUGGGCUCCUCCUGUCCAGAAUCAGGCAUUGGCCAGGCAGUACAUGCAGAUGCUGCCCAAAGAGAAGCAGCCAGUGGCAGGCUCAGAGGGGGCGCAGUACCGGAAGAAGCAGUUGGCAAAGCAACUCCCUGCUCAUGACCAGGACCCUUCAAAGUGCCAUGAGUUGUCUCCCAAAGAGGUGAAGGAGAUGGAGCAGUUUGUGAAGAAAUAUAAGAGCGAGGCUCUGGGAGUAGGAGAUGUCAAACUACCCCGUGACAUGAACGCUCAAGGUCCCAACAAAACAUGCAUUCCUGGAGGGGAUAGAAGCACCACGACAGCGGUAGGGGCCAUGGAGGACAAAUCGGCCGAAAACAAAAGAACUCAGUAUUCCUGCUACUGCUGCAAGCUGAGUAUGAAGGAAGGAGACCCAGCCAUCUAUGCUGAAAGGGCCGGCUACGAUAAACUGUGGCACCCAGCUUGUUUUGUCUGCAGUACGUGCCAUGAACUUCUGGUCGACAUGAUUUAUUUCUGGAAGAAUGGCAAGCUGUACUGUGGCAGACAUUACUGUGACAGUGAGAAACCCCGGUGUGCUGGCUGUGAUGAGCUGAUAUUCAGCAAUGAGUAUACCCAGGCAGAAAACCAGAACUGGCAUCUGAAACACUUCUGCUGCUUUGACUGUGACAACAUCCUAGCUGGGGAAAUAUAUGUGAUGGUCAAUGACAAGCCCGUGUGCAAGCCCUGCUAUGUGAAGAACCACGCUGUGGUAUGUCAAGGAUGCCACAAUGCCAUUGAUCCCGAAGUGCAGCGGGUGACCUAUAACAACUUCAGCUGGCACGCGUCCACAGAGUGCUUUCUGUGCUCCUGCUGCAGCAAGUGUCUCAUUGGGCAGAAGUUCAUGCCAGUAGAAGGGAUGGUUUUCUGUUCAGUGGAGUGUAAGAAGAUGAUGUCUUAAGAGGAGAGUACCAAGCAAUAUUGAGCCAUAGCUAACCAGAGGGGUCUGCAUUUCUACUGUAAAAUGCAAUUUGGAAAAACAAAAGGAAAAAAAGAAACUAUAAAGGAAACCAGGAGAUUUUGUUCAGUAUCUUUCUUCGAUGUUUUUCCUUAUUAAAUUUUUCAUAUCAAUUUUUAAAACCUGCUUUAAGCAUUUGAUUUUAAAAAUGGUAAAGAGUUUUACCUUUUCUUGGCUUUCCAGAUGUAAAACCUUUUGAGUUGGAAGCUUGGGUUUAAUCAUUCUUCAUAUUCCUGCCCGCUUUGUGCCAAACACAAUAUAUAUGAAACACUUAAAAGUUAGUAUUUGAAUGGAAAGAUGAGCAUUUCAUGUUCUAUAUUCUUUUUCACUUCUUGUAUAAAAUGAAAAGGAAAUUAAACUUGCCCUAAUGCCAAGGUUCUACGUUUGUUGCCUCAUCUUAUUCGCUGAAUUUUGUAGUGAUACACAAUGAAUUCUUUUGACAGAGAAAAUAGAAAUGCAGCAUGGUAUGAUGAGCCGUUAUCAUUUUAAUGCCUAUGCAUUUGCUAUUUCCUAACUUAGGCAGAGGUGGCUUUAUUGCAUAUCUCUAUUUUUUUUAUUUGCUCUGCCUCUCAGUAUUCUCUUUUUAAGAUGAUGACCUCCAUCUGUGGCCUUGAAUAUUUUAUUGUCACAUGUGGCAUCCACACUUUUUAAUUCUAUAGAUGAUUUUUGGCUUGGACGUAAAAGCCAAGCCACUCAUUUAUAUUAUGCUUUCAAUCCAAAGAACAUGCAUACUUUUUGUAUCCAAGAAACUAUAACUUGUAUUGUUUGCACUUGCCUGCUGUGGUUUGGAUAGACUUUUUGCAUGGUUUUCUUUCUUUUCUAAUGGAUACUGUCCUAUGAUGCCUUUUCAUGGGUAUAUAUCAAAUGCCUUCUUUGCCUGUAUACUUCCAUCCUUAGAUAUUUCUAAUGUUAAUUCUUCCUUAUCUACUUCCAUACAUAGCUAUGCACUAUGAAAAUUAUA